CUGUCACGUUUCCUCUUCCUUCCUGUCGGCUGGGCGCCGCUCCCAGUCCUGUAUGCAGUGACUCUUCCUGAUAUGAGCCCCUCAGAUGGCUCUCCUGUACCCGGGGCCCGUGUUAUGUGCGGGGAGCCCUUAGUGUCCCAUGCAGCACAGGCUGACAUGCUGUCCUAUGGCUGGGAACGGUUAGGUGGAGGACGAAGCUGUCAGGCAGCACCUUAUUGAUUAUUUCUGCUUCUUCUAGGAGUCCAGGGCCUGAGCUCCAAUGGCGUGCAAGUCUAAGGUGGCCCCCAGUGUGGACUUUGAUCACAGCUGCUCAGACAGUGUGGAGUACCUGACUCUGAACUUUGGGCCCUUUGAGAGUGUCCACCGCUGGAGGAGAUUGCUGCCCUGUGAUGAGUUUGUAGGAGCCAGGCGCAGUAAACACACUGUUGUAGCUUACAAAGAUGCUAUAUAUGUCUUUGGUGGUGAUAACGGGAAGAACAUGCUAAAUGACUUGCUGAGGUUUGAUGUGAAAGACUGCUCCUGGUGCAGGGCUUUUACAACAGGAACUCCCCCAGCACCAAGAUAUCAUCAUUCAGCUGUGGUAUAUGGAAGCAGCAUGUUUGUGUUUGGUGGCUACACUGGGGAUAUCUACUCCAAUUCAAACCUGAAGAACAAGAACGAUUUGUUUGAGUACAAGUUUGCAACAGGUCUCUGGACAGAAUGGAAAAUUGAAGGAAGAUUACCAGUGGCGCGCUCAGCACACGGAGCUACAGUAUACAAUGAUAAACUUUGGAUAUUUGCUGGAUAUGAUGGCAAUGCCAGACUAAAUGACAUGUGGACAAUCAGUUUGCAAGACCGGGAUUUAUCAACUUGGGAGGAGAUCGAGCAGAGUGGAGAGAUCCCACCAUCUUGCUGUAACUUCCCAGUGGCUGUCUGCAGGGAUAAAAUGUUUGUCUUUUCUGGUCAAAGUGGGGCAAAGAUCACAAACAACUUGUUCCAAUUUGAAUUUGCAGAGAAAGUCUGGAUGCGUAUUCCUACUGAGCAUUUACUGCGUGGUUCCCCUCCUCCCCCGCAGAGACGCUAUGGACACACAAUGGUGGCUUUUGACCGUCACCUGUAUGUGUUUGGGGGUGCAGCAGAUAACACUUUGCCUAAUGAAUUGCACUGCUAUGAUGUGGACUCUCAGUCCUGGGAGGUGAUCCAGCCUAGUCCAGAUAGUGAGAUGGGGACCCAAGACGAGGAGGAUCAGGGCUGCUCUGUGCAAAACCAUUGCGCAGAGCAGUUGCCCAGUGGCCGCUUGUUUCAUGCUGCAGCUGUGAUUGCAGAUGCCAUGUAUAUCUUUGGCGGGACUGUGGAUAAUAAUGUCAGAAGUGGAGAGAUGUAUCGCUUUCAGUUCUCCUGUUACCCCAAGUGCACUUUACAUGAGGACUAUGGAAGGCUGUUUGAGAACCAACAAUUCUGUGACGUGGAAUUUAUUUUAGGAGAAAAAGAGGAGAAAGUGAGAGGACACACGGCUAUUGUGACUGCUCGAUGUCAAUGGCUAAGAAAAAAGAUAACUCAGGCAAGAGAGCGUCAGAGACAUAAAUUAAAACCCGAUUCUGAGGAAGAAUGUCAAAGUGCACCACAAAAGCAAGAAAAUGGAAGUGGCAAUGCAAAAUUGUUCCGAUCUCUGCCCAUACUGGAAGUAGUCAUCAGAGAUGCUGAAGCACGGCCAUUUGAACUGCUUAUGCAGUUCCUGUAUACAGACAAGAUAAAGUACCCACGGAAAGGUCACGUUGAGGAUGUUCUCCUCAUCAUGGAUGUAUAUAAAUUGGCUUUACAUUUUAAGUUGUCACGGUUGGAGCAGCUUUGUGUUCAGUAUAUUGAAGCAUCUGUUGACCUUCAGAACGUCCUUAUAGUGUGUGAAAAUGCUAACAAGCUGCAGCUGGAUCAGUUAAAGGAACACUGCCUGAACUUUGUAGUAAAGGAAUCCCACUUCAACCAGGUGAUCAUGAUGAAAGAGUUUGAGCGUUUGUCAUCACCCUUAAUUGUGGAGAUUGUACGCAGGAAACAGCAGCCUCCCAUCCGUAUUCACUCGGAUCAGCCUGUUGAUAUAGGCACAUCCCUCGUUCAGGAUAUGAAAGCUUAUCUGGAAGGUGCAGGAAGAGAUUUUUGUGACAUCACGUUACUGCUAGACGGACACCCAAGACCAGCACAUACAGCCAUCCUGGCUGCUCGAUCCAGCUAUUUCGAGGCCAUGUUCCGAUCUUUCAUGCCUGAGGAUGGUCAAGUAAACAUCUCUAUUGGUGAGAUGGUGCCCAGCAAACAAGCUUUUGAGUCACUACUACGAUACAUCUAUUAUGGGGAGGUGAAUAUGCCCCCUGAAGAUUCACUCUACCUGUUCUCUGCUCCAUAUUACUAUGGAUUCUUCAGCAACCGACUGCAGGCCUAUUGCAGGCAGAACCUGGAAAUGAAUGUGACCGUUGAGAAUGUGCUUCAGAUUCUGGAAGCAGCAGACAAGACACAGGCUCUGGAUAUGAAGAAGCAUUGCCUUCACAUUAUUGUCCAUCAGUUCACGAAGGUUGCCAAGUUACCGAACCUGCGGUCACUGAGUCAACAUCUGCUCAUCAACAUCAUUGAGUCUCUGGCUAGUCACAUCUCGGACAAGCAGUGUGCUGAACUGGGCUCAGACAUUUGAGUGACAACCUCCUAGCACAUCAUGGUGGACUGUUUGGACGUCUCCAGCAAAUUUGUUGAACCAUUCCUCGUUGCUGUAAUUAAAUGUCCUAAUGUCAGACAUGUGGGACCAUAAUAUUGAAGUGUCCUCCAUUUAACAGCUGAAAGAUGAUCAGCUUCUGAUAUAAGUAGCCUAUUAUGUUUCAUACUAAAGAUUUGCCCUGCACCCUUAUGGCAGCAACAAGUCAUGUACUUAAAAAGGACACUAUAACUUUAUGUUCAUAUUUAAUAUUUUUGUUUAACUGUUCAAAAUUGUUUACAUUUGUUUUAUGUACAUAAAAGUUGCAUGUGUUUAUGGCU